AUGUCCGACCUCCGACUAUUGUCUUUGCCUCGACGUCUACGGCACACUGGUGAACUGGGAAGGUGGCAUUCCAGCCGCCAUCCAGCCUAUCCCACCAACACAAUGUUCCGUCUCCAAGAGGACAUCCUCCAAACAUUCCAAGACCUAGAGCAUGAUCAACAAACCCAAACCCCAGAUCUGGUGGCAUACUGGACCUCCUCAAGACCAUCUAUCCAUCCUCUCCUGAAGCUGGGGUCUACCACCCCACAGCCGAAGAAAAGUAAAUCCUUCGGCGAAUCAGUAGGUGAAAUUGUCUCGCGUUCCCAGACACAGUGGAUGCAUUACGCGACGACUUUCAAACACUGGCACAAACCGGUGGUUCUUAUCCAACGACCGCGCGUCGUUCGCAAAGACCAACGCAGCAUGCAGUUGGCGUGUCAACGCCAUGGAGCCCGUGCCUCUCGAACCACUUCCAGACAUUCUGCCCUGAUCAAAUUGCCCUGCCAAAGGCCAGGCAUCACCCCUACCAAAGAAUCACAAUCACCUUCCGUAUAUCCAUCAGCAUACCGGGUGAAAUCCGCUGUCUCGACCGGGAUUACCAGCGAUUGUUGUCCCGAUAAUACCAUCCGGCAACCGCCGUCCAAGCAGCAGCAACCUGAACACCCGCGCAUCGCCGUGGACGGGACCAAUGUUCCCAUAAUUAGCCGUUCCAGCUGCAAAGUCCCCGUAUCCAGUCCCGCUAAAGCACAGAUGGGAUUCGUAGCGUUGGACAUGCCGCCAUCGAUCGAGCGUGCGGCAACGUCCCUGCCAAAUCGGCACCUCGUUCUACCACCAGCAGAGGACAUCCGGACGAAAUUCUUUAAAGCCGCGACACCGAGUCACCGGGUCGGAAGAGGGGGUUCGAAAACGCCCUCGAUAUUCAGCACGUCCGGCUGCUUUGUGCUGGAUCACCCCGCAAUCUCAUGGGCAUCGGUACGACUUUACCCCGGAGAGCACAACGCUGUCAGAAUCAAAUACAAGGAUCGCCUGAUGUUGAGUCCAUUCUGA